CUGUACAUCAUACUAAGAGUUAAUCUAAAGGGGAACAAGGCCAUAAGAAGCCCACGUUUGAGUGCUAGAGAUAUAAAGAGGGUAUGAUGCAGUUGCUGAUGAAUGCAGGACAAGAGAGGAUUGUGGGAGUUGUAGUGUCGCAGCAGUAGAGAUGCCACUAGUUGUUUAUGGAGGGGGGAGUCGGCGGCUGUUGGGAUGAGGCCAGAGAAAGAGAGAGAGAGAAUUAAGCGCCACUUACCCACAUACCCCGGGGAUGGGGCUGCUGCUGGGAGGGAAGAGAAAUGUACCGGAGACGCUAUCAGAGAGCAGACAAAUGACUCUUACAUCUGGACGUGCCUCAUACAGCUCCGGUCCCGCUACACUUCCGCCCUCACUCUGCGUCACUGCGCUAACUACGUCAUCGGAGCGCGCGGGGCGGGAACUCAAUGCCGGUGUGUGAGGGAGGGAAGCGCGAAGAUGCCCCAACAGAACCUGCUCAUCCUUUAUGGGAGUCAGACGGGGACAGCAGAGGAUCUGGCUGGGAGACUCAGCAGGGAAGCCAAGCGCCAUCACUUUAACUGCAGGACGGAAGCUCUGGAUGAGUACAGGGUGGCUAAUCUUAUUAAUGAGCACCUUGUGAUAUUUGUCUGCGCCACUACAGGGCAAGGAGACCCUCCUGAUAACAUGAAGAACUUCUGGAGGUUUAUAUUCCGGAGGAAUCUUCCCCACAAUGCGCUUUGCCAGAUGGAUUAUGCUGUUUUAGGCCUCGGUGAUUCUUCCUACCCAAAAUUUAACUUCAUAGCAAAGAAACUACACAAGCGUCUGAAUCAGCUUGGAGCCUGCCCGCUUCUGCCCGCAGCCCUGGGAGAUGAUCAACAUGAGCUGGGCCCCGACGCAGUGGUGGAUCCUUGGCUGAAAGAUCUCUGGAGCAAGGUCCUGUCUAUGUUUCCUUUACGCCCAGGACUUGAAAUAAUCAGUGAGGAUGUCCUGUUACCUCCAAAGUACUCUCUCCGCCUUCUGGAGGAAAAGGUUGGGCAGAGUGAGCUCUCAGGAGAUGCCUAUGAAAGGGAUUUUAUUUCUAACAAUACUACACCUCCCUCAGAGAUCCAUCCAUUCCUCGCUCCAGUCCUGUCCAACGAGCGUGUGUCAGCACACGAUCAUUUCCAGGAUGUACGUCUCAUUGAGUUCAAUAUCACGGGCUCUGCCAUUCAGUUCUAUCCAGGAGACGUAGUGAUGGUUCAGCCAAGAAAUUCCCUACUCCAUGUGGAGCAGUUCUGCAGCCUCCUGCACCUCGACCCACUGAACAAGGUUGUGGUGGAACCUAGUGAUCCCGAGUCACCUGUUCCGAUGCACCUGGCUGCUCUGUGCAGUGUUCAGCAGCUGGUUGAGAGGUACCUGGAUAUCUGCUCCAUCCCGCGCCGCUCCUUCUUCCAGCUCCUUUGUCACUUCUCUCCUGAUGAGAUGGAAAGGGAGAAGCUGAAAGAGUUUAGCUGUGCCGCCGGCCAGGAAGAGUUGUACUCCUACUGUAACCGCCCACGCCGCACCAUUCUCGAGGUUCUGGUUGACUUUCCACAUACAACCCGCUGUAUUCCUGCCACUUUUUUGCUGGAGCUUAUUCCCCGAAUCCGCCCUCGGGCCUUUUCCAUCGCCUCUUCUAUGGAGGCUCUUCCCAACACAAUCCAGAUUCUUAUGGCUGUUGUGCAGUACAAGACUAAACUGAUUGAGCCCCGCCGGGGUCUGUGUUCCACUUGGCUGGCCUCCCUCCCUCCCCAUGGUACAGAGCGAGUUCCCAUCUGGGUAAAGAAAGGAAGCAUGAAAUUCCCCUGUGACCCUGACACACCAGUGGUGAUGGUGGGACCAGGCACUGGGGUGGCCCCAUUUCGUGCUGCAAUCCAGGAGAGAGUAGCGAAUGGGAGACCAGGAAACUGUUUGUUUUUCGGUUGCAGAGGAAAAUCAAAAGAUUUCUAUUUUGAGAAAGAAUGGGAAGAUUUGGGGAAUCGCGGCUACUUGACCCUAUUCACCGCCUUCUCUCGAGAUCAGGAGGAUAAAAUAUAUGUGCAGCAUCGAAUUAAGGAGAACAGCAAGCUGCUAUGGGACCUGAUUGGCACUAAACAAGGCUACGUCUACAUUGCAGGCAAUGCCAAGUUGAUGCCCAAUGAGGUGACUGAUGCGCUGAAGUGGGUGUUGCAGUUGGAAGGUGGGAUGUCUGCCCCCGAUGCAGAGCAGUAUCUUGCCUCAAUGGAGAAAUCGUGCCGCUUCCAGUCUGAGACGUGGUCCUAAAUAUCUGGGGCCCCCGCCCUUUCCAGAUGCAAUUGGUUGCACUCCCGACUCGCAUGGUGGAUUCUGGGCUCAUGGGAAGGAAGGAGAGGAGGAUUCUGGGAUUUUGGGUUGCUCUAGUCCAACAAGGAGGCCCAGUAACAGAACCUGCACAGGAAGGUUUCACCUCAUGAGGGUCUGGCUGGGUCACACCCCUGAUCUCUAUUCCUAUUUAUGUGGCAGAUUGUGGAUAUUUCAUGUACUUGGGGACCUAGCCUAGCCUGGAGGCACAACUUGUGUAGUCGCAUACUUUGCACCUCUUAUAUGACAUUUCUACCCAGCGCAGCUAAAUCAGGGGGCAUUAUUUAUCUUCAGGGGUCUGUCAGUUUGGCUGAAUUGGGGAGCAAGGUGCCAUGAACCAGGACAUUGUGCACAUUAAGUUAACCAUAUAGCAAUUCUAUUAAAUACAUUAUUUUAUGAAUCCA